GCCCUCCGUGGCAAGCCCCCCACUUCGCUGCACCCCUCGGUCGUCUGCGCGGCCCCGCCCCUGGGGGGUGAAGGUGGAUUUAAGUAGGAACAGGCUAUCCCACCUGCGGCCCCCCUCUCCGCCCUCCAGCCUCCUCCUGCUAGAAGCACCCAGGGCCCUAGCCCGAGAGAUUCCAGGGGCCCAGCGGCGCCUCCACUUUGGGAAGGCCUGCUUGGGCGCUGGGUUUCCGUCCAGUUCUCCCAGAGCUACCCGCGGAGGAGUUGUUCCUGGACGCCAGCUCCAUCCUCAUGGGCAGCCCGGAGGGGCGCUUCCAUUUCUCCAUUGACCGAGGGGGCACCUUCACCGAUGUGUUCGCCCAGUGCCCAGGUGGGCACGUGCGGGUCUUGAAGCUGCUUUCAGAGGACCCUGCCAAUUAUGGAGAUGCACCCACCGAGGGGAUCCGACGAAUCCUGGAGCAGGAGGGGGGUGUGCUAUUGCCCCGGGACCGGCCGCUGGACACUAGCCGUAUUGCCAGCAUCCGCAUGGGCACCACGGUAGCCACCAACGCACUGCUGGAGCGGCGGGGGGAGAGGGUGGCAUUGCUGGUAACACACGGCUUCCGAGACCUGCUGCACAUUGGCACCCAGGCCCGCCAGGAUCUCUUUGACCUGGCUGUGCCCAUGCCUGAGGUACUGUACGAGGAGGUGCUGGAGGUAGACGAACGCGUGGUGCUGUAUCACCGGGAGCCAGGCGCCGGCACACCUGUCAAAGGUCGCACAGGGGAUCUGUUGGAGGUGCAGCAGCCUGUGGACCUGGGUGGCCUGCGUGGGAAGCUGGAGGGGCUCCUGGCCCGCGGCAUCCGCAGCCUGGCCGUGGUGCUCAUGCACUCGUACACGUGGGCCCAGCAUGAGCAGCAGGUGGGUGCGCUGGCCCGGGAGCUGGGUUUCACGCACGUCUCACUGUCCUCGGAGGCCAUGCCGAUGGUACGCAUCGUGCCAAGGGGCCACACUGCCUGCGCCGAUGCCUACCUCACGCCCACCAUCCAGCGCUACGUGCAGGGCUUCCGCCACGGCUUCCAGGGUCAGCUCAAGGACGUACAGGUUCUGUUUAUGCGCUCCGAUGGUGGACUGGCGCCCAUGGACACCUUCAGCGGCUCUCGUGCUGUGCUCUCGGGCCCUGCAGGAGGUGUGGUUGGCUACUCAGCCACUACCUAUCGGGCAGAGGGUGGCCAGCCAGUCAUCGGCUUUGACAUGGGAGGCACGUCCACUGAUGUGAGCCGCUAUGCUGGAGAGUUUGAACAUGUCUUUGAGGCUAGCACAGCUGGCAUCACCCUCCAGGCCCCCCAGCUGGACAUCAACACGGUGGCAGCUGGUGGGGGCUCCCGCCUCUUUUUCAGGUCGGGCCUCUUUGUGGUUGGGCCUGAGUCUGCUGGAGCCCACCCCGGCCCUGCCUGCUACCGAAAAGGGGGCCCUGUGACAGUGACGGAUGCCAACCUGGUCCUGGGUCGCCUGCUGCCCGCCUCCUUCCCCUGCAUCUUUGGACCAGGAGAGAACCAACCACUGUCCCCCGAGGCCUCCCGCAAGGCCCUGGAGGCUGUGGCCACCGAGAUCAACAGCUUCCUGGCAAAUGGGCCCUGCCCAGCCUCUCCACUGAGCCUGGAAGAGGUGGCCAUGGGGUUCGUGCGCGUGGCCAAUGAGGCCAUGUGCCGGCCUAUCCGUGCGCUCACACAGGCUCGAGGCCACGACCCCUCAGCUCACGUGCUGGCCUGCUUCGGGGGAGCUGGUGGGCAGCAUGCCUGUGCUAUAGCCCGGGCCCUGGGCAUGGACACCGUGCACAUCCACAGGCACAGCGGGCUGCUGUCGGCGCUAGGGCUGGCCCUGGCAGAUGUGGUACACGAGGCCCAGGAGCCCUGCUCCCUGCCGUAUGCCCCCGAGACUUUCGUGCAGCUGGACCAGAGGCUGAGCCGCCUGGAGGAGCAGUGUGUGGACGUCCUGCGGGCCCAGGGCUUCCCCAGGUCCCAGAUCAGCACUGAGAACUUCCUACACCUGCGCUACCAGGGCACUGACUGUGCCCUGAUGGUCUCUGCCCACCAGCACCCGGCCACUGUCCGUUCUCCCUGCUCUGGCGAUUUUGGGGCAGCCUUUGUUGAGAGGUACAUGAGGGAAUUCGGCUUCGUCAUCCCUGAGCGGCCCGUUGUGGUGGAUGACGUGCGAGUGAGGGGCACCGGCCGCAGUGGCCUUCGUCUUGAGGACAACCCCAAAGCCCAGACCGGGCCUCCCCGAGUGGACAAGAUGACCCAGUGCUACUUUGAGGGGGGCUACCAGGAGACCCCUGUGUACCUGUUGGGAGAGCUGGGCUAUGGGCACAAGCUCCAGGGGCCCUGCCUCAUCAUCGACAGCAACAGCACUAUCCUGGUAGAGCCAGGCUGCCAGGCAGAGGUGACAGAGACAGGGGACAUCCGGAUUUCCGUCGGGGCUGAGGCCCCCAGCACAGUGGGUGCCCGGCUCGACCCUAUCCAGCUGUCCAUCUUCUCACACCGCUUCAUGAGCAUCGCGGAGCAGAUGGGCCGCAUCCUGCAGCGCACGGCCAUCUCCACCAACAUCAAGGAGCGGCUGGACUUCUCCUGUGCUCUCUUCGGGCCCGACGGGGGGUUGGUCUCCAACGCCCCCCACAUCCCAGUGCACCUGGGUGCCAUGCAGGAGACUGUGCAGUUCCAGAUCCAGCACUUGGGGACUGACCUCCACCCUGGAGACGUGCUGCUGAGCAACCACCCCAGUGCAGGGGGCAGCCACCUGCCAGACCUGACCGUCAUCACACCGGUGAGAGCCCAUCCAGCCAUCUGGGGGCUGGGGCCGCCAAUGCAGCUAAACAUCCUCUCCACCCACCAGGUGUUCUGGCCAGGCCAGACACGGCCUGUGUUCUACGUGGCCAGCCGCGGGCACCAUGCAGACAUCGGAGGCAUCACACCAGGCUCCAUGCCCCCCCACUCCACCAUGCUGCAGCAGGAGGGUGCUGUCUUCUUAUCUUUCAAACUCGUCCAGGGGGGCGUCUUCCAGGAGGAGGCGGUGACUGAGGCACUGCGGGCACCAGGAAAGAUCCCAGGCUGCAGUGGGACCCGGAACCUCCAUGACAACCUAUCGGAUCUCCGCGCCCAGGUGGCAGCCAACCAGAAGGGCAUUCAGCUGGUGGGGGAGCUCAUUGGGCAGUAUGGGCUGGACGUGGUGCAGGCCUACAUGGGCCACAUCCAGGCAAAUGCUGAGCUGGCAGUGCGGGACAUGCUUCGGGCCUUUGGGACCUCCAGGCAGGCCCGGGGUCUGCCCCUGGAGGUGUCUGCUGAGGACCACAUGGACGACGGCUCCCCCAUCCGGCUCCGGGUGCAGAUUAAUUUGGGCCAGGUCAGGCCACAGGGAGGCGCCCACACAGGGCCAUUGGGCGUGGGUUCCAGCUGCUCACUGUCCCCAUCCUCACAGGGCAGCGCGGUGUUUGACUUCAGCGGUACAGGGCCCGAGGUGUUUGGCAACCUCAACGCUCCACGGGCCAUCACGCUGUCAGCCCUCAUCUACUGUUUGCGCUGUCUGGUGGGCCGAGACAUCCCGCUUAACCAGGGCUGCCUGGCGCCAGUGCGCCUAGUGAUUCCGCGAGGGUCCAUUCUGGACCCGUCCCCAGAGGCAGCUGUGGUUGGUGGCAACGUACUCACUUCGCAGCGCGUGGUGGAUGUCAUACUGGGGGCCUUUGGGGCCUGCGCCGCCUCACAGGGCUGCAUGAACAACGUGACGUUGGGCAAUGCCCACAUGGGCUACUACGAGACUGUGGCAGGCGGCGCAGGCGCGGGCCCCGGCUGGCAUGGGCGCAGCGGCGUGCACAGCCACAUGACCAACACGCGCAUCACAGACCCCGAGAUCCUGGAGAGCCGGUACCCGGUCAUCUUGCGCCGCUUCGAGCUGAGGCCUGGCUCCGGGGGCCGCGGCCGCUUCCGGGGCGGCGACGGCGUCAUCCGUGAGCUGCUUUUCCGCGAGGAGGCGCUGCUGUCGGUGCUGACCGAGCGCCGCGCCUUCCGGCCCUACGGCCUCCACGGAGGCGAGCCGGGAGCCUGCGGCCUCAACCUGCUGAUUCGCAAGGAUGGCCGCACCGUGAACUUGGGCGGGAAGACGUCGGUGUCGGUGAACCCUGGGGACGUGUUCUGCCUCCAUACCCCUGGCGGGGGUGGCUAUGGAGACCCCGAGGACCCUCCCCCGGCCCCGGGAUCGCCCCCGCAGGCCCUGGCCUUCCCCGAGCGCGGCAGCGUGUACGAGUACCGCCGGGCCCAAGAGGCCGUGUGA